AUGCCUCCUAGACGCGAUCAAACUGAGAAUGCUGCUCUCGCAGCCACAAUCAUUCAGCAGAUGACUGUUGUGCUUCCGAACCUCAUUACUCAGAUAAACCAGGCAAAUCACAAUAACAAUAAUAACAAUGCUCAGUGUGAAUUCAAAACGUUCAAUUCAGCUAAGCCAUCGAAAGUUUUUGGGUCUGAGGGAGCAACUGCGCUCCUACAAUGGUUUGAAAGUACAGAUAGCACAUUCUGCCAUGUUCAGUGUCCCAAUGAGCGCAAGGUAGAUUUCGCCUCGAGUGUCUUUCAAAGGAGAGCACUCACUUGGUGGAAUGGUAUUAUGAGAGACCGAGGUGCCGAUAUGGCAAUUUCACUGACGUGGGAAGAAUUUAAGGAUCUUAUGAAGAAAGAAUUCUGCCCACGAAGUGAAAUAAGGGCACUUGAAAACGAGUUCUACUAUCUAAAACAAGAUAAUGGGGAAAACCGUGCCUACACUGACCGAUUUGAACAUUUAAGCCUACUUUGCCCCACUAUGGUCACACCUUUGGAUCGGGCCAUUGAGAAAUAUAUUGAUGGCCUACCUGAUCUUGUCCAAGACAUUGUCACUGGCAGCCAACAUGCAACGCUUAGGGAGGCUAAGGAAUUAGCCGCUAUUUUAACCGACUCCCAGGUUAGAAAAGGUAAACUAUUUCGAAAAGGAGACAAGAAACAAAACACUGAAUCUGUUAACGAGAAUUCGAAAAGAACAAAGGCCGAAUCUUCUAAAAAUUAUAAGAAGCGCAAGGCUUCAAAAAAUUUUGCAAUUCCUGCACCAGUUCCACUAAACUCAGUACCCUUCAAGGGAUUUUAUCAUGGAAAGCAACCUCGGUGCAAUCAAUGUAACUAUCAUCACGCGUCAAAUUCUCCUUAUCACCAGUGUACAAUCUGUGGUCUAUUUUGA